AUGUCGCGGCGCCGCGAGCAGGUUUCGACCAGCGCGCUUCUAACUGGGCUCCGUCUAGCGAGUUGGACAGGCAGGCUCCGGGCACGGAAGAGGAUGCUAGAAGCUAGAGGAGAGGCCACGGGCGGGUGGCAAGCUGCGGCGCGUGUGGAUUGCUGCUUCAGGGCCGCGGUGCCACAAACAGUGCAACCCGUGGGACGGAGGGGCGGCGAUGUGGCGGCGGGCGAGGCUGUGGGCGCUGCUUGGAGGGCGGCAAGCGGUGCUGGUGGGUCGGUGGGAGGCGGCGAUCGUUACUAUGAAGGGCGAGAGGAAGAAAAUAAAGGUGGUGAGAGGGAGGAGUGUACUCCGGGUCUUGAGGGGGUGCGUCUGCCAUCUGCUGUGGAGGCACUGUGUGCUGCACGGGAUCGAAGGCCCGAAAACUUGCACGCUGCAUGGCCGGCGGCGACGUCAUCGCUGCUCAGAGCAGGCCUCAAUUGGGGCUCCGGAAUGCCAUUUCAUCUCUGCAUCGCCGCCCGUGCACCGCGCCCCGGGUGCCUGAGUCCAGCGAAUCCAGCCGCUGCCAACACCCCGGACAGCCCCAGAAAGACGCUGGACAGGGCCUUGCGCGACAACAACAAAACUGCCUUUGUGCCUGCCCAUGCGUUGCGCCUCGCCCGCCGUUGCGUGCCUGCGAGCCCACUCGUCGUCCGUCUUCUUGCAGCUGCCGCGUUCCUUUCAUGCCGACGCCCUCCGCGCUCUAGCCCGCCGACGUCCCCGAUCCGCCCAACCCCACGGCGACACAGCGGGCAGCGCGAGCGACGGAAGAAGCAUGGCGGAAGAAGCAUGGUGCAGUCUGGCAGUGGAGGGUCACACGUCUCGCUGCUGGGGCCGUUACGACGUCUGCCGGCUUCGCUGCCCUCUGCUGGGGAUCUGAGGCCGCUUAGUCGCAGGCCGCUGAGAGAGCUGGGGCCCAAACCGACACCUUAA